AUGUUUAAGAGUCGAGGUGAUAGCAAUAUUGUUUAUAAAUGUACUGUGAGACUACUAGAAGAUACUGAAAUAUUAGAAUGCGAAUUUCACCCAUCUUACAAGGGCAAAUUCCUGUUAGAACAUGUUUGCCAACAAUUGAAUCUGACUGAAACUGAUUACUUUGGCCUCCGAUAUGUGGAUGGAAACGGUCAAAGGCAUUGGUUGCAUUUAGCCAAAGUUAUAUUGAAACAAGUGAAAGAUGCCUCACCAAUAUUAUUUAGUUUUCGGGUAAAGUUCUAUCCUCCAAAUCCUUUACUAUUGAAGGAGGAUGUAACGAGAUUUCAAAUAUAUCUCCAGUUGAAACGUGAUUUACUCCAUGGCCGAUUAUAUUGUACUGCAAAUGAAGCAGCAAUGCUCGGAGCGCUUAUAAUACAAAUCGAACUUGGCGACUACGACCCGAAUAUUCACGUUGGUAACUAUGUUACGGAGAUGAAGAUAUUGUUAAGACAAACAGACGCUAUUGAGGCCAGGAUACAGGAGCUGCACCGUGAGUCUAUAGAGGGCGCCACCGGCGGCGGCGCGUGUACGGACGGUGGGGUCCGAGGCUUAUCAACACAGGAGGCCGAGCAGACCUUCCUACGUAUAGCAUGUACACUGGACACUUAUGGAGUGGACCCUCACCCUGUUAAGGACCAUCGCGGUAACCAACUGUAUUUGGGCAUCAAUCACAGCGGGAUCCUAACAUUCCAGGGCAGUCGGAAGACACAUCACUUUAAGUGGGCCGAAGUACACAAGAUAAACUUCGAGGGCAGAAUGUUUAUAGUGCAUUUAAAUUACCCUGAGAAGAAGCAUACAGUUGGUUUCAAGUGUCCGAGCGGAGCCGCGUGCCGUCACGUGUGGUGCUGCGCCAUAGAACAAAUGCUGUUCUUCACGCUGGCGUCUUCUUCAGAAGCAUGUGUGUACUCGGGCGGAGGUCUGUUUUCCUGGGGAACUAAAUUCAAGUAUGCAGGAAGAACUGAGAGGGAAAUAUUAGAAAGAGAUGGACUACUGGCUACUAAUAGAGAUGAUCAGGAGGAAGGUUCCAGUGUGGGUGGGAAGAGAAAAGCAUCAAGUGUUCCAGCAACCCCCUCUACACCAAUGACUGGAGAUUUUGGUUACUCAAGCCUGCCACGGUCGACUCACAGUGCUCCAUUAGAAGAAAGUCAAGUGGACGGUGACCUGUGUGACGGAGGCUGUCUGUUGGGAGGACCCGCUGUGGACAUAGCACUGGCCUGCUGCGAUCACCUCAGACAUAGUGAUGAUAAACAACCGUGUCCCGAAUAUAGUCCCCGCGAUCCGUUCGACCAUUCGUCGAGUGAGUCAGCGGCGACCACCCACGUGACCUACGUGUCCCAGACGUCUCACGCGGCGGAGGAGUGGCGUCCGCCGGCCCUGCAGCCUCCGCCGCGGCCCUUCAGCCUCCUCAGGGCGUUCGUACCAUCCUUCUUAUUCGUGUGCCUCUUGCUCUCACUAGCUAUCCUCCUACUAUUCGAAACCGACUGGCCCCUACUGCGGCCUCUCAAACGCAAACCCGAACUUGUCUCGCUUCGACACCACUACUACGCGCCCCUAAAGGAAUAUCUGAAGAAGAAAAUCGUGGAGCUGUUCUGA